AUGUACGGGAAAUUUAUUAUAUCGAGCAGUCAAGUGCCUGAUGAUGAUGACAAUCAUCAUGACGGUGGUGGUAGUAGUGGUGGUGGUGGUGGCAGGAAUGGUGACUUUGUACUGCACACAUCUGGCAAACAGAAACGGGGGCAGCAAGUGAGUGCGCUCCACCUGUUCGUACAGAGAGCGGCGGUUGGUGUAUGUGAGGCUGGCGAUUUGGUCCGCGGCGGGUUCCAGCCGCGCCUUCCGACUUCGCUGCCGCCCCCAGGGCAGCAGCAGCAGCCGUCGCCGCUACCACGCCGACAGCCCGUCCCGUUGAUGCCUCCCGCGCAGCUUCAUCCGGGAGCGCCCCAGGUGGUCGCUCCGGCGCCUGCGGUCCCUCUUCAGUCGCCACCGCCUUCGGAGCUGAUGGACGUCGACCCCUCAGCCGGGCCGCCUUCCCAAGCGGUGGCUGUGCAGCCUGUCCUGCAGCCGCUUUCCUUGGGCACCCCCAAGGAGUCUGACACCGCAGCGCCUUGUCCAGCGCACACUCAGCAGCCGUCGACGCAGCGUCAGGAGACGCUGCCUCUCUUCGUGGGUCCCGACUCCCCGUCGCGUCCAGUACCAGAAGCUGCCCUGCAGCCGCCGCUGCUUGUCCCACACCGCGAGCGAGCGAGCGUGGCCGGCGGGACGCUGGGUGCAUCCGCAGACAUGGCUGUGGCCGCGUUCAACUGA